GUGCGGCCGCCGCGCCGCCGUCCGCCAACUCGGAAGCUCGCGCUCCCCGGCCUUGGGGGCGAGAACGCCGGCGGCGGCGAGCCGGCGUCGCCCGCCGCCCCCAGACAGUGGCAAACUUCGCGGCGUCCUCGGAGCUCGCCCGCCCGAGACUGAUACCUUACAAAUCAGAUCAAAUCCAGUCGCCCCCCCCCCCCCACUCCGCCCCAUCCCAACCCGAAUCGUGGAGGCUGCGGCCGCCAAAGUGCCGCCGCGGCUGGCGGCCCCUGACCACUAGCCGGGGACCAACAGCGCCACGGCGAGCGAGGAGGGCGAGAGGGAGUCUGUCUGCAAAGUGCUGCUCCCUGGUGCUCAGAGGCGGCUGCUCCAGCUCCAACUCUCAUUCAUUUCGCCGGUUAACAUGAGAGAUCAUGGCCGCCUUCGGGCUUCUCAGCUAUGAGCAGAGACCGCUGAAACGCCCCCGGCUCGGGCCGCCGGACGUCUACCCGCAGGACCCCAAGCAGAAGGAGGAUGAACUUACCGCUGUGAAUGUAAAGCAAGGCUUCAACAAUCAGCCCGCCUUCACUGGAGAUGAGCAUGGCUCGGCUAGAAAUAUUGUAAUUAACCCGUCAAAGAUUGGAGCUUAUUUUAGCAGCAUAUUAGCUGAGAAACUAAAGCUUAACACUUUCCAGGACACCGGAAAGAAGAAACCACAAGUUAACGCUAAAGAUAAUUAUUGGCUGGUUACUGCUCGAUCCCAGAGUGCGAUUCAUAGUUGGUUCUCUGACUUAGCAGGAAAUAAACCACUUGCUAUUUUGGCAAAAAAGGUUCCCAUCCUUAGUAAAAAAGAAGAUGUCUUUGCAUAUUUAGCUAAGUAUUCGGUGCCAAUGGUUCGAGCAGCGUGGCUGAUCAAGAUGACUUGUGCCUAUUAUUCUGCUAUUUCUGAAGCGAAAAUUAAGAAGCGUCAGGCUACGGAUCCCAAUUUGGAGUGGACACAAAUAUCUACCAGGUAUCUUCGAGAGCAGUUGGCCAAGAUUUCCGACUUUUACCACCUGGCUUCCAGCGCGGGCGAUGGCCCUGUCCCCGUGCCCCCCGACGUGGAGCAGGCAAUGAGACAGUGGGAGUACAACGAAAAGCUGGCAUUCCACCUGUUCCAGGAAGGAAUGCUAGAAAAACACGAAUAUUUGACGUGGAUCUUGGAUGUGUUAGAAAAGAUCAGACCGAUGGAUGAUGAUCUUCUUAAACUCUUAUUACCACUAAUGCUGCAGUAUUCAGAUGACUUUGUCCAGUCGGCCUACCUGUCCCGCCGCCUUGCCUACUUCUGUGCCCGGCGUCUUGCGUUGCUGCUUAGCGAUGGCCCCAACCUCCUUGCUGCCCACUCACCCCACAUGAUGAUAGGGCCAAACAGCUCGGGCAUUGGGGCCCCCAGUCCCGGCCCCCCCGGCCCCGGCAUGAGCCCCGUGCAGCUGGCCUUCUCCGACUUCCUCUCCUGUGCACAGCACGGCCCCCUGGUUUAUGGACUUAGUUGUAUGUUGCAGACUGUUACUCUCUGUUGCCCAAGUGCCUUGGUGUGGAACUACUCCACAAAUGACAGUAAGAGCGGGAACCCGGGCUCGCCCCUGGAUCUGCUGCAGGUGGCCCCCUCCAGCCUCCCCAUGCCGGGCGGGAACACGGCUUUCAACCAGCAGGUUCGGGCAAGGAUUUAUGAGGUAGAACAGCAGAUAAAACAAAGAGGCCGUGCAGUGGAAGUUCGGUGGUCUUUUGACAAGUGCCAGGAGUCAACAGCAGGGGUGACCAUAAGUCGGGUUUUGCACACGUUGGAGGUGUUGGAUCGACACUGUUUUGACCGAACUGAUUCCAGCAAUUCAAUGGAGACACUUUAUCAUAAGAUUUUCUGGGCAAACCAAAACAAAGAUAACCAAGAGGCUGCCCCCAGCGAUGAAGCGGUGGUGACGCUGCUGUGCGAAUGGGCCGUGAGCUGUAAGAGAUCAGGCAAGCACAGGGCCAUGGCUGUGGCAAAGCUCUUGGAGAAGAGGCAAGCGGAAAUCGAGGCAGAGAGAUGUGGUGAAUCAGAGGUCUUAGACGAGAAGGAGUCCAUUUCUUCAGCCUCUCUUGCUGGAUCUAGUUUGCCUGUUUUCCAGAAUGUUCUGCUAAGGUUUUUAGAUACACAGGCCCCCUCGUUGUCAGAUCCAAACAGUGAAUGUGAGAAGGUGGAAUUUGUGAACCUGGUGCUGCUCUUCUGUGAGUUCAUCCGGCACGACGUCUUCUCCCAUGACGCCUACAUGUGCACCCUCAUCUCUCGAGGGGACCUGUCCAUCACCGCCUCCACUCGGCCCCGGUCGCCAGCGGGAGAAAAUGCAGGCGAGCACUAUCCGAAGGACCAUGACGUGAAAAUGGAGGAACAGACUAUUAUAGCGCACAUGGGCAUUGACUCAGGAACUACUAAUAUUUUUGAUGAAGUAGACAAGAGUGACUUUAAAAGUGACUUUGGUUCGGAAUCUCCAAUUUUUUCUCCCAUGCCUGGAGAGUCCUGUGAGAAUGCUAACCCUUCCCUGGGCAGAAGAAUGUCCGUUAACGGUGAGAAGCUGCUGAAGAGAGAAAAACCAAGGGAGUUAAUUUUUCCAUCUAAUUAUGACCUCCUACGACAUCUGCAGUAUGCAACCCAUUUCCCCAUACCUCUGGAUGAAUCUUCAAGUCAUGAGUAUAACCAACGCACAAUCCUUCUUUAUGGAGUGGGCAAAGAGCGUGAAGAAGCCAGGCAUCAGUUGAAGAAAAUUACCAAAGAUAUUUUGAAAAUCCUAAAUAAGAACAGCACCACAGAGACCGGGGUUGGAGAUGAAGGACAGAAAGCCAGGAAGAGCAAACAGGAGGCAUUUCCAACACUGGAGACUGUGUUCACAAAACUCCAACUCCUUUCAUAUUUUGAUCAACAUCAAGUGACAUCUCAGAUCUCUAACAAUGUGCUGGAACAAAUCACAAGCUUUGCAUCAGGAAUGUCGUACCAUCUCCCGCUGGCUCACCAUAUUCAGCUCAUCUUUGAUCUCAUGGAGCCAGCGCUGAAUAUCAAUGGCCUCAUUGACUUUGCAAUACAGCUCCUGAACGAACUGAGUGUUGUGGAGGCCGAACUGCUCCUGAAAUCCUCCAGCCUGGCGGGAAGUUACACAACGGGCCUGUGUGUCUGCAUCGUGGCUGUUCUCAGGCGAUACCACAGUUGUCUGAUUCUGAAUCCCGAUCAGACGGCCCAGGUGUUUGAAGGAUUGUGUGGUGUGGUAAAGCAUGUGGUGAACCCCUCGGAAUGUUCUUCCCCAGAAAGAUGCAUCUUAGCCUACCUCUACGAUCUCUAUGUGUCAUGUAGCCACCUCAGAAGUAAAUUUGGAGACCUCUUCAGUAGUGCCUGUUCAAAAGUAAAGCAAACCAUAUAUAAUAAUGUGAUUCCUGCAAAUUCUAACUUGCGAUGGGAUCCAGACUUCAUGAUGGAUUUUAUUGAGAAUCCCUCAGCCUGUAGCAUCAACUACUCCAUGCUGGGCAAGAUCCUUAGUGACAAUGCGGCCAAUCGCUACAGCUUCGUCUGCAACACACUCAUGAAUGUAUGUAUGGGCCACCAGGAUGCUGGAAGGAUUAAUGACAUAGCCAAUUUCUCCUCCGAGCUGACGGCCUGCUGCACUGUUCUCAGUUCAGAAUGGCUGGGAGUUCUGAAGGCUCUUUGUUGUUCUUCAAACCACGUCUGGGGGUUUAAUGAUGUACUUUGCACGGUAGAUGUGAGUGACCUUUCAUUCCAUGAUUCAUUAGCUACUUUCAUUGCUAUUCUGAUAGCACGACAGUGUUUCUCCCUGGAGGACGUCGUGCAGCACGUGGCUCUUCCCUCUCUCCUAGCCGCAGCUUGUGGAGAUGCAGACGCGGAGCCUGGGGCGAGAAUGACAUGCCGACUCCUGCUUCAUCUCUUCCGAGCUCCCCAGGCCUGCCUAUUACCUCAAGCAACCGGCAAACCUUUCCCCGGGAUAAGAUCGUCCUGUGAUAGACACCUCUUAGCGGCUGCUCACAACAGCAUUGAAGUGGGAGCCGUGUUUGCUGUCUUAAAAGCAAUUAUGAUGCUUGGAGAUGCCAAAAUUGGCAGUAACAAUGUCAGCUCUUUAAAGAAUGAUGACUUCACCAUGAGGGGCUUACGACGUGAUGGAAAUGCUGAUGAUAUCUGGACUGCCUCACAAAAUUCAAAAUCCUGUGGGAAAAGCAUUUCCAUAGAAACUGCCAAUUUAAGAGAAUAUGCUAGAUAUGUACUGAGGACUAUCUGUCAACAGGAAUGGGUAGGAGAACAUUGCUUAAAAGAACCUGAAAGAUUAUGCACAGACAAAGAACUUAUUUUGGACCCUGUGCUCUCAAAUAUGCAAGCACAGAAAUUACUGCAGCUGAUCUGUUAUCCUCAUGGCAUUAAAGAAUGUACAGAGGGGGACAACCUACAAAGGCAGCACAUUAAACGCAUUCUUCAGAAUCUUGAGCAGUGGACACUGAGGCAGUCGUGGCUGGAACUUCAGCUAAUGAUCAAGCAGUGCUUGAAGGACCCUGGCUCUGGUUCGGUGGCUGAAAUGAACAACCUGCUGGACAAUAUUGCCAAGGCAACGAUAGAGGUGUUCCAGCAGUCGGCCGACCUGAACAAUCACUCUUCCAAUGCGGGUGCAGGCCUCUUCAACCCAAACGGGAUUGGAAGUACCGACACGAGUAGCACAAGACAGAAUGGAAUAAAGACAUUUCUAAGUUCCUCUGAACGCAGGGGCGUGUGGCUGGUAGCCCCCCUAAUUGCUAGGCUGCCGACUUCUGUGCAGGGAAGAGUGUUGAAAGCUGCUGGGGAGGAGCUGGAGAAGGGACAGCACUUGGGUUCUUCUUCAAAAAAGGAAAGAGACAGACAAAAACAGAAAAGUAUGUCUCUUUUGAGUCAACAACCGUUCCUCUCACUGGUCCUCACCUGCCUUAAGGGACAAGAUGAACAACGAGAAGGCCUCCUAACAUCUCUGCAGAAUCAAGUCAACCAGAUUUUAAGUAACUGGAGAGAAGAACGGUACCAAGAUGACAUAAAAGCACGACAGAUGAUGCACGAGGCAUUGCAGCUCCGCCUAAAUUUGGUGGGAGGAAUGUUUGACACGGUGCAGAGAAGCACCCAGUGGACGACAGAUUGGGCCCUUCUUCUCCUUCAGAUCAUUACUUCUGGAACCGUCGACAUGCACACUAACAAUGAAUUAUUCACGACAGUUCUUGACAUGCUGGGUGUUUUAAUCAAUGGAACAUUGGCCUCUGACCUAUCAAACGCAUCCCCAGGGGGAUCUGAAGAGAACAAACGCGCAUACAUGAACUUGGUAAAGAAACUGAAAAAAGAGCUGGGAGACAAGCGGUCAGAAAGUAUUGACAAAGUUCGACAGUUGCUACCUUUGCCAAAACAGACAUGUGAUGUCAUCACUUGUGAACCUAUGGGCUCCUUGAUUGACACAAAAGGAAACAAAAUUGCUGGAUUCGACUCUAUAGACAAAAAACAGGGUCUCCAGGUGUCCACGAAGCAGAAGGUGUCCCCGUGGGAUUUGUUUGAGGGUCAGAAGAACCCAGCUCCUCUGUCCUGGGCCUGGUUCGGGACGGUCCGAGUGGACCGGAAGGUCAUCAAGUACGAGGAACAGCAUCACCUCCUCCUGUACCACACACACCCCAUGCCCAAGCCCCGAAGUUACUACCUCGAGCCGCUGCCCCUGCCCCCUGAGGAGGAAGAGGAAGAGCCUACAUCUCCCAUCUCUCAGGAACCGGAGAGGAAAUCAGCUGAGCUGUCAGAUCAAGGGAAAACCACAACAGAUGAGGAGAAGAAGACAAAGGGAAGGAAGCGCAAGACGAAAUCCAGCUCGAGAGUUGAUGAGUAUCCACAGAGCAACAUGUACCGAGUGGCUCCCAACUACUCACCCGUCUCCUCGCAGGUGAUGCACCACCCACAGCCCACCUUGUGGGGCUACAGCCUCACGGGUCAGCCUCAGCAGCCCGGCCUUUUCCUUCAGAGCCAAGCCCUCACCCCAGGUGGCUCCAGGUUGGACCCCGCGGGCUCCUUUGUCCCCACCAAUACCAAGCAAGCUCUGUCCAACAUGCUGCAGCGGCGCUCGGGGGCCGUGAUGCAGCCGCCCUCCCUUCACGCCAUCACGUCGCAGCAGCAGCUGAUACAGAUGAAGCUUCUGCAGCAGCAGCAGCAACAGCGGCUUCUCAGGCAAGCCCAGACGCGACCGUUCCAACAGGGCCAGCCGGGGGACCAGGCUGCUCUCUUUGCUGCUCAAGCACGGCCCUCCCCUCAGCUCCCCCAGUAUCCAGGUCUGCAGCAAGCACAGACCAUGCCCCAGGGCUAUACGAUGUACGGAACGCAGAUGCCUUUGCAGCAGACCCCUCAGCAGCAGGCUGGCAGCGUGGUCCUGUCUCCUACCUAUAAUUCCAGAACCUAUCCGGCUGCGCAUUCCACCCCGGCGCUAAUGGAAAGACUCCGACAGAUGCAGCAGCCGCCGCCGAGUGGCUACGUUCAGCAGCAGGCGUCGCCGUACCUGCAGCCCCUGAGUGGCUCUCAGAGACUGAAUCACCAGUCGCUUCAGCAGAGCCCUCUGGUGGGUGGAGGACUCGAUGCGGUGCUGACUUCCGUGCAUCCAAACCUUCCCUCGGUGUCCCUGUCUCAGGACCCAGUGAGGCCCAGGCAGUCCCAGGUGCGACAGCAGCAGAGGCUCCUCCAGAUGCAGCAGCCUCAGGGUCAGACCCUCGGUCUCCAAACCAUGCAGCCCCAGCAGCCUCUGUUUCCCAGGCAAGGCUUGCAGCAGACCCAGCAACAGCAGCAGACGGCCGCUCUGGUGCGGCAGCUCCAGAAGCAGCUUUCCAGUGCUGAAACAGAUUGUUGCUUAGUACUUAAACUUCUUAGACCAAGAACUUAAACCAAGGCUUCUGUGAGAGCCACCCUAAGGUACGUGGAAGCCUGUUAGAAGUAGCUGUACUACUAAAUUUGUUUUCAGUGGCGAGAUCAUUGACCAGAGUCUUUGUGAAGGUACAACAUGUAAAUUCUAAAGGCCGGAACGAACCACAGUGGAAUUGUUCCAAUUAUUUGCCAGAUUUGGCAAAAAUGACUGUCCAGUUUCGGUUCUCCUGAACCUUAUGCCAACUUGAGAAAAAAAUCUCGCAGCUGGCCUGAGAUUCCACAGUGCUCAAACUUGACAUGGUUUCCAGAGAAUCUGGGCCCCAAGUCCAGGGGGGCUCUGGUUUUCAUAAGAGAUGU